AUGUAUGAUCGGGCCCCUCGCUUAUUCAGAUUGACUGAGGGUGGCGGCACUGAGGACUGUGUGGGUCCUGGAUCCUACCAGGUACCUUUCCUGAAGCAGCAGGCAUCAGGUGGUUAUGCACCAUUUCUUUCUUUAGCUAGCAGAGAAAGUUCUUUUGCUGUUGGUUCUAACACUGAGAAAGAAGCUCCAGGUCCAGGAUACUACAAUGUUUCAAAAGCACAGAAAAUUUCAAGAGCACCUACAAGUUCCAGAACUGUUGAUGUCCCUUCAAUUCCUUGUGGACGGGUAUAUGGUUAUCAAAUUAAAGAAGAUGACACCAUUAUAAAACAGUUCCCACCUGCUCAUGACAGCACACUAGGUCCAGCAUUCUAUAAACCUCAAUAUGAUGUUUUCAAUGCAACUUUGAAAUACAAAGGGAUACACUUUGGCAAUUCCUUGGGAAGACGAGCGUUAGCUCCAAAACCAGGGCCUGGUCCUGGCCAGUAUGAUAUUGUCCAGGAAAAGACACUACACUAUGAAAAUAUUAACAUCAAGAAAGAGCAACAACAAAAUUACUGUCCAAGUCUCCCACGACUUUAUGAUGCAAUAGUAUUUCAGGAAGAAAAAAAGAGAUUUGUACCUAUAAAAUCAGUCACACCAGCUCCUGGUACAUAUAAUGAUCCUCGAACUGCUCUCAAGCCCUCAAAGAAAACAUCAGGACUCAAAAAAUCUGCAUUUGGCCAAAGUGCUUCUCGAUUCACAAAGGAACCCAGGAUAGAGGAAAUGCCAGGUCCUGGGUUUUAUAAUAUUUUAACAAGCACUGUAGUUACAAAUGUAAAAAAUAUCUGUUUGAAGAAAAAAAAGAAAAGUGCAUUUGGAUCCUCUGUUCCUCGGACAUUUUUUGUCAUUCAGAAAGAAGUUCUCAAUACUCCUGGGCCUGCUGAUUAUCAGGAUUAUUGGAAUUCUGGAACAAGAAUUACUGAAGAACUGCCUGACUUGACUAAUCAAUGUGCUGUUUUCUUAUCAAGAACAGAAAGAACUACUAAACUAUCAGAUACGGAAAGUGGGACAUAUUUAGCUCAUGCUGUUAGUGUGCAUAAAACACUGAAGAAGGCCAGAAUUGAAUACUGAUGGCCUCCUCAGUCUGUGCUCAGUGUUUCUCAAAGUGUGGAUCUACAGUAUCCCCAUCACCUGGCACUUACUAGAAAUACAGAUUGUCAGGUUCUACCCAGACCUACAUUCAACCACUCAGGGAAUCAGUUAUACCAGUCAGUAUUUUACCAAAACCUGGUAACUCUACUGCAUGGGAAAAUUAAAGAACCAGUGAACAUUACAUCCUGUUGGGAAGGAGAUAGCAGUGCAGAGAAAGAAAGGGUGAACAGGCACGUGGUAAAAUUGGCCUCUCCAAUGCUGAGGGGGACAACCUCAGGAAACUGGGGCAGUAGCGGUAGCACGUGGCUGGCCUGCGUGGCCAUCGGGUUGGCGGGCUCUAGAAAGUCGUCCUCAGCGUUGGAGCUGGACAGGGCACCCGUCGGGCGACGGCUGUCUGGCUCCCUCGUGGUGACUGCCACUAUCCUUCUGGCUCUGGUACUAGUGCCCAGCAGCACUCCACAUAAGGCAGCGGCCCCCUGCGGACCAGAUCCAUACCCAAGCCAUUGGCCUGCAAAAUACAAUCCUAUUUUAAAGAAUUCUUGCCCCAUACCCUUAUUUGUGAGGACAUCAAAGCGUUUUGAAAAUGUCAAAGAGAUUUCUCCUGGCCCAGCAACAUAUGAGCUCACAUUACUUACUAAUAAAAAUAUUUCACCUAAGGAAGUCAUUUGA